AAAGGCGCCCCGCAGGAGCUUCAACCAACACUUUCUCCUCUGCCUGUCGGUUUCCUGUUGGGCCAUAGUGAGAGACAAAGGUUUCCAGCAGACAGCUCCUUCUCAUAUAUCCAGGACACCUCGACUCUUUUCGGACGCAUCGAGCCAAUUAUCCGCUGUCAGCUGGGCUGCGUCUACCCAGGCGUGAAGAAAUCGCAUUUAAAAGCCACCGAGCAGGGGUUCAGCGAAGAUGCUUCUUUCUCUGAUGAUCCUGCAGCUGCUUCUGGCUCCUGCAUUCAUGGUGCCCAGUGUGGAUUUCUGGGACUCAUGGGGUCCUUAUGGUGAGUGCAGUCGGAGCUGUGGCAGUGGGGUGACUAUGAGAAUUAGAAGCUGUAUCACUCAGAGGACAGAUGGUGGACAUAACUGUGUGGGACCAGACAAGUCUUAUCGCAUCUGCAACACCCAGGACUGUCCAGAAGGAUCCAGGGAUUUUCGGGAAGAACAGUGUUCCCAGUUUGAUGGGACUGACUUCCAGGGAAAACGCUACAAGUGGCUUCCGUAUUACGGAGCGGAGAAUCCCUGCGAGCUGAAUUGCAUGCCAAGAGGGGAAAACUUUUACUAUCGCCACCGCAGCUCUGUCGUUGAUGGCACACCCUGCCACCCAGGACGGAGGGAUAUUUGUGUGGGCGGAGUCUGUAAGCGCCUGGGCUGUAACAACAUGCUGGAGUCUCCUCAGCAGGAAGACCCCUGUCUGCAGUGUGGGGGCAAUGGCCAGUCCUGCUACCUUGUCAAGAACACCUUCACUGUACGCGACCUGCCAGCUGGCUACAACCAGAUGUUCAUCAUCCCUGUUGGAGCCACAACCAUCAGCAUCAGAGAGACAAUGGCCACACGGAACUAUCUCGCCAUCAAGAACCUGCGUGGCGAGUACUACCUCAAUGGCCACUGGGUAAUUGAGUUUUCUAGGGCGACACCCAUUGCUGGGACCAUGCUUUACUACCAACGAGGUGCUGAGGGUGAAAGCGUACCCGAAACCAUCAUUGGCCGUGGUCCUACCACUGAACCACUUGUUGUUGAGCUGAUCAGCCAAGAACCUAACCAGGGCAUUGAGUAUGAAUAUUACCUUCCAAAUGGACGUUCCAGGGAAGGCUACUACUGGAGCUAUGGAUCAUGGUCUUCUUGCAGCAAAGAAUGUGGAUCAGGCUAUCAAUCUCGCUUGGUCUUCUGCACGAUUGACAACGAAGCCUAUCCAGACUAUCUCUGUGCUUCUCUGCCAAGGCCACAUUCAAACCGUACAUGCAACCCCCAUCCAUGCCCUCAAACCCAAAGCUGGAGAACUGGUGAGUGGAACGCCUGCUCAGUUACCUGUGGUGGGGGCUCUCAGCUGCGCACCGUGCAGUGCAUAUUGCAUGAUGCCUCUGGACCUCAGGUGGUAGAGGACGGCAUUUGUGCUGCCUAUGCUGAUGCUCCUCCUUCUCUGAGGACCUGCAACAUGCACAAAUGUGCAGAGUACCGUGUGACUGGAUGGAGCUCAUGCUCAGUGAGCUGUGGUUCAGGUGAACAGACCAGAGAGGUCACCUGUGUGGGAUCAGGUACCACAAUGCUAGAAGAUGCAUCCUGCAGGACUUUGCUGCGCCCACCCUCCAUCCAGCCGUGUGAGAUGCCUGCCUGUUCAAAACAGAUCCGUUGGCAUGUAGGAUCAUGGGGGCUGUGCUCUAAAAGCUGUGGUUCUGGCUCACGAGAGCGCCAGGUGAUCUGCUCGGACCAGGACAGGAACCUUUAUCAUGUAGACCAAUGCAACACCCACCCCAAACCCUCCACAAUGGAGCGCUGCAACACCCAGCAAUGCUUUAGUCCACAGGUUGUCCCCAGCAUUCAGGACCCACGAGGACAUGACAGCACUCAGACUAGCUUCCAGCUGUAUGUGCCAGGUCAUGCAACAGCCCGCAGGCCAGACACAAGAGAUCCCACCCAGACAAAUACAGUGCGCGACCCUCACAGCUUCUCCCCGGCCCUCCACUGCAGCCAGUCUUAUUAUGGCUGUUGCCCAGACGGACGCACCACAGCCAGGGGGCUACAGGGUCUGGGGUGCCCACAGUCUCCAACUCCUACUCCCGUCCCGUCAUCCUGCAUCCAGACAAGUUAUGGCUGCUGCCAAGAUGGUGUGACAACUGCUCAGGGUCCCAACAAAGAGGGCUGCUUAGAGUAUGUGGCCCCUGCACCCACACUUGCACCUCUUCCUUCUGAGAAUGCUGUAGAGUGCCGCACUACCACCUAUGGGUGCUGCUAUGAUCGGAAGACACCAGCAGGGGGUCCGAACGGAGAGGGCUGCCCUAACCCGCCCAACCACAUUGAGCGAUCCAUCUGCUCCUUGCCUCGUGCUGCUGGCUCCUGCAGCAGCUGGACUGCACGAUACCAUUUUGACGUCAUCACCUCAAAGUGUGUCCACUUCUGGUAUGGAGGUUGCCACGGCAACAGCAACAACUUCCUAACCAGAGCAGAGUGCCAGAGGGCGUGUCAGGUGCCAGCGCCCAGCCAGCAGCGCCCUCAGCCAGUCGUGCCUGUUGGAGAGUCGACGUUCACAGGAGAAUCUAGUCCUGAAAGGACCACACCUGGAGGAGCAUUGUCUCCCUCUGCAGGGUCAACAGAUGUGCAGUCACGCAACAUGGGGGGUACUUUCACAGUGCAGGGCGGUACCCCGAGCCACUCCGCCAGACACGGCACUAGCGCAGCCAGACACGCCCACAGAGCUCGAGUGUAUCUGAGGGCACGCCGGCCAUCGUCUGCUGCACUGGCUCAGCUGACCGGGCCAGCUGCGAGUUUGACCUUGGCAGGUGUAAGCAUUGAUAAGAGCGAUCCAGACAAAGUAGAAGCUUUAGUCGGCCAGACGGUGGUGCUGCCGUGCAGGGUCAGCCCUCCACCUUCGUCUACCAUCAUUGUGGAGUGGAGAAGAGAUGGAAUCCCUGUGUCGGCUCAAAGACAUCACCAGCAGCCCAGUGGGUCCCUGUUGGUUGGCCCUCUUGUGAAGUCAGACUCUGGGUGGUUCUUGUGCUUUGUCACUCGAGAACGGGAGCGAGAUCACCGCUACAUUUAUUUGUCUGUCUCAGAGGCCCCACCUCAGCUCUUUCCAACGUUGCUGCCUAAAGAUGGCCCAAUCCCCAGGUUCAGCAUCGAUCAGUCAAGCCCAUCAAUAAUAGAAGUGCGAAUAGGACAAACUGCAAGACUCCCCUGCACCAUAAUUCCAGGUGCAGCCCUGCAGUAUGUCAGUAUUCAAUGGACUAAAGAUGGAAAACCCCUCAGUGACUCCAGGAUUACCCAGCAUGCUGAAGGCACCUUGCUCAUCGGCCUUCUGAGAUCUGACGACUCUGGGGUCUACACAUGUACAGCUGCCAGCCAACAGCAGCUGGAGCAGAGGCAGCUGCAACUCAGAGUACAAGUUGACCUGAAGAUCACUACAGCUCCCAAUAACAUCCAGGUGUCUGAAGGAAGCAGAGCUCUGCUGCCAUGUGUGGUGUCUGGAGAUAACGUCAGCAUAGGCUGGUCCAGAAAUGGAGUGCCAGUGCGUCCAGAUGGGUAUAACAUCCUGGCAUCGUCUGAUGGCAGCCUGAUCCUAAAUAAUGUGAAGGCCUCCGAUGAGGGGACCUACACCUGUAAUGCUUACACUGGCAUUUAUUCUGUGAGCGCCACAGCUGAAGUGAGAGUCCUUAAACUCACACAAGGUGUUGAUGUGCAGCCAGGUUGUGUGGACCAGAAUGAACUGGCCAACUGCAAACUCAUACUUUACGCUCGGCUGUGCGACCAUCAGUACUAUUCCGGUUUCUGCUGCGCCAGCUGUGCUAAGCAUGCACCAAAGAACGGCAGGAUUGGUUGGCAUGCAUUUUGAUAUGCUGACUUUUCUGCAUUUGAACUUCUGCAUUUGCCAAAUGGAACCAAAAAGGUGGACCAGACUGUGCAGAAUUAUUUUAAAAAAAGAACUGAUGAACGAGGAGUUCCACAGUUAGGACUUUGCUCAAAUUGCUUUCUGCAUCAAACAACAUGAAACUUUAACAUAAAAUAGUCCAUAUAUGUAUGAUCUACUGGAUUUGAGGAGGCACUGAAAAUAAGCUAUUUACUCACUGGACCUAUUUGUUCUCUGUUUUUUAGAGAAUCUAAUAAUCUAAAAAUAAUGUAAUUUUUAUUGUUUGCUUCAUUAUUUUGACUACUACUUCUCUUUUUGAAUCAGAAUGUUUGCUAAUUCACCUGUUGUUGAUGCUAUCUCCUAUUUGACAGUUUUUUUGCCUUUUUAUUGUAUUUUUUUAUGUAAAAUAAACUUAUUUUGAUAA